AGUCUUGCACUUGUGAGAUGUGACCUCCUCCUGUUGUUUGUUUGUUCUUUGAUGAACUUUGACACUGUGUAUAGAUGAAGUUUAUCAGUGUCACAUGCUUCCACAGACACUCCCUGCGUGGACAGUUUAAAUGUGCCAUGUUUGCCAGCAUGUUUUAUUUCAACUGAGGAACCUGACAGAGUCCAACUCUGAGCCGUCCUCUCCACAAUGAUGAUGAUGAUGAUGCAGGUGACAUUGUCCAUAGCCCUGCUGGUUCUUGCAGGCUCAGUCCACUCUGACUCCCCGUUUUACCUGCCCAUUGACUGUGAUGACAUCCAUCGCCGUGACAACACCAGCUCCAGCGGGGUGUACACCAUCUACCCAGGAGGUCCCACCAUGCCCCUGCAUGCCUACUGUGAUAUGGGCACUGACGGAGGCGGAUGGACUGUAUUUCAGAGGAGGAUUGAUGGGACUGAAAACUUCUUCAGGCCCUGGAGGCACUAUAAGGAUGGAUUUGGGAACGUGGCUGGAGAGUAUUGGCUUGGCCUGGAAAACCUCUUCCUGCUGACUAUGAGGAAGAAGAAUGAGCUACGGGUUGACAUGGAGGACUUCGAGGGAGGGAAGGCGUCUGCCCAAUACUCCUCCUUCUCAAUUGGUCCUGAGAACAGUGGUUAUCAGCUUUACCUGGGCAGCUUCUCUGCCGGAGUAGCAGGGGACAGUUUGACACACCACAACAACAUGAAGUUCACCACAUUUGACAAAGACCAGGACCAGUGGGAUCAAAACUGCGCUCAGCAUUAUCUCGGUGGAUUCUGGUACAACAACUGCCACAAUGCUAACCCCACCGGCAUAUACGCGCCUCACGAUGUCAUCGCAUACUCCAGUGUCCAGGUCAUCUGGAACACAUGGAAGGGUGCAAGCUCCCUCAAGACUAUUGCGAUGAAGAUCAGAUCAUUGUCUUCAUGUGGAUGUGCUUGAGAUUCCUUUUAACCAAAAUAAUCAAAGUUGAAAAUGGCUAUUUGAUCAUUAUAUAUAUAUAUAUAUAUAUAUAUAUAUAUAUCAUAUCAAAUAGAGUUAAAGUGUAAUCAAGAGCACCAAAAUCCAUGCAUAGCCACUGUGUUUUGAGUUGUAUUAUACAUAUGUUAUCACUGUAUCAUCAAUAUAUUAUUACAUCAUCAAUAUGUUAUCACUGUGUGAAUUAAAAAGAAAACAAGCCAAGCAAGAUCCAAAUCUAAUGGUAGAAUGAAGCCCUCCUAGUAAAGUUAUGCUGCUGUGUACACACUGUACAUGCAUGCCCUGGAAAAAUACACACAUCUUAAGGUCGGUCCAGGCACCUGCACUUGCACGCUCAUGAACACACUGAGUGUUCAUCAACACAACAGUCCAUUUUUUUGGUUUGAGGGGAGCCAUUAACCUGAUCAGCUGCAGAUUAACAAAAUUGUGGUAAUACCUCACUGUCCAUCAGGGGAGGAGAGUGUUGAUAUGGGGGAGCUUCAUCUCUUUGUUGUUCUGACUGAAUUCACAACCAACAAGAUGUUUAGAAAAAUGAAAUGUCUGUUUUCCUUAUUGCAUCUGCUCCACAUGUUUUUACCCAGCAUUCAUUUUUUCUGUUUAUUCAGCCUCAGUCUUUUUUUUAUUUUUUAUUAUUAUGCUGCAUUUUGUGUUGUACUUUGUGGUAAGUGAUUUUGAUAAGACAUAAAUGAAUAAAGUUUUUUCUUAUACAGUA